AUUGACUUUUGUCGUCUUGGGUCUAGGUGAAAUGACGAUGGAUACCAUCUUGGCGCGACUGAAACUCCUGAAUUCAGAUGACCUUAGAGAAGAAAUGGUCAAAGCCGGGUUGAAAUGUGGACCCAUUACAUCAACCACCAGGUUCAUUUUGGAGAAGAAAUUGGCUCGGGCUUUAUCAGAGCACAGUUCACUGCCUUCACACUCUCCUGACCAGGGUGCCGCAGAUGCCCCAGCUCUUGGCCACAAGACACAGAGGCCUGUGCAGUCUGCAGGAGGGAGCCCGGCUGAGCCAGUUGGCUUUUCUGAAGACAGAGAUUUUGGUUAUGGUGUGGGCCUGAAUCCUCCAGAGGAAGAUGCUGUGGCGUCUAAGACCUGCUCAGUGUCUUUUGGUGCCUCAACUGGGGCCAACAGCCACAGAGCCGCACCAAGAGCCUCCGCAGAGCCGCCUGUGUACUAUGGGGUGUGUCCGGCCUACGAGGACGCCCCAGUGAGAAAUGAAAGGAUCCAUGUUUAUGAAGAUAAAAAGGAAGCCUUGCAAGCUGUCAAGAUGAUGAAAGGGUCCCGAUUCAAAGCUUUCACGAGCAGAGAAGAUGCUGAGAAGUUUGCUAGAGGAGUUUGCGACUGCUCCCCUUCACCACGUAAAGCCUCUUUGCCACCUCCUCCUGUGAGGACAGUGCCACUCCUUAGCGAUGGAGGCUUGAGAGAUGGGUUGUACUUGUCUGAGUCAGAAACAGCAAACAAAGAGCGAGCCAACAGCUAUAAAAAUCCUCGUACACAAGACCUCACCGCCAAACUUCGGAGAGCUGUGGAGAAGGGAGAGGAGGACACCUUUUCCGACCUGAUCUGGAGCAAUCCCCGCUAUCUGAUUGGCUCGGGGGACAACCCGACCAUCGUGCAGGAAGGGUGCAGGUACAAUGUCAUGCACGUCGCUGCCAAGGAGAACCAGGCUUCCAUGUGCCAGCUGACCCUGGAGACCCUGGAGAACCCUGAGUUCAUGCGGCUCAUGUACCCUGACGACGAGCCGCCCAUGCUGGAGGAGCGCAUCCGCUACGUGGUGGACCUGUACCUGAACACGCCAGACAGAGUGGGCUACGACACACCGUUGCACUUUGCUUGUAAGUUUGGAAAUGCAGAUGUGGUCAGUGUGCUUUCUUCACACCCUCUGAUUGUAAAAAACCCAAGGAAUAAAUACGAUAAAACACCUGAAGAUGUUAUUUGUGAAAGGAGCAAAAAUAAAUCUGUGGAGCUGAAGGAGCAGAUUAGAGACUAUUUAAAGGGUCACUAUUAUGUGCCCCUCCUGAGAGCAGAGGAUACAUCUUCUCCAGUGAUCGGGGAGCUGUGGUCUUCAGACCAGACCAACGAGGCCUCUCACGUCAGCCACAGUGGAGGCGGCCCCAGGGACCCCGUUCUGACCCUGCGAGCCUUUGUGGGGCCCCUGAGUCCGUCCAAGGCAGAAGACUUUCGCCGACUCUGGAAGACCCCACCCCGAGAGAAAGCGGGCUUCUUUCACAACGUCAGGAAAUCUGAUCCAGAAAGAGGCAUCGAGAGAGUGGGAAGGGAGCUGGCCCACGAGCUGGGGUACCCCUGGGUCGAGUACUGGGACUUUCUGGGCUGUUUUGUUGAUCUGUCUUCCCAGGCAGGCCUGCAAAAACUAGAAGAAUAUCUUACUCAGCAGGAAGUAGGCAAAAAGCCCCAAUACGGCAUGGGAGAAGACGGAGCCUGCUGCCAGGACAACGCUUCGGCCCCCCCGGGCCGUCACCAGAGGUGCAGCAACUCCGUCUCUGUGAGGGCCUUUCUAGACGGGGACGAUGGCGUGAGCGUGGAAGAGACCAAAACCCGGGAGAGCUCGGCUCCAAACGGCAGCCGGCCCCCGGGCGCUGCCCUCGGAGGCUCAGGAUGUGACGACCCUUCCUGGGAACAUACCAGCCCUGUGGAGGCCCCCGCCCCGACCAGCCCCCGCAGCAGCGGACACAGGCUGUGCGGCCGCCUGAGCCGUGAGAAGAGGCCCGAGGCCCUGAAUGGGGAGGGGGCCCUCCUGUCACCUGUCUCCGGCCUGGCUGCUGAGUUCCAUAAACUGAAUUUACAGAAUCUAGGAAGUGGCUUUUCUAAGACACCAGAUGAAAGUGCAAAGACCCCAGCAUCAAACGGGAACACAGGAGAGAAUGACUGGUUAGAACCGCUUGCUGCCGACAAACUUGGAAAUAACCAAAUAAGGACAGAAAACGAAAUGUCAGCUGGAAUUGCUAAAAUGUGCCUGGGCCCCAGGAGUCCUGGGCUUGAGGCCCACCAUGGCUGCAGCUUCGCACCUCUGGAGCCCUCAGGGGUCCCCGCCUCGCAGGAGCCCAGACAGAGGCUCUUCCUUUUGGGAGAAGAGCCAUCCAAGCUGGAUCGCGACGUUCUGGCUGCUCUUGAGUGUGCGGACGUGGACCCUCGGCAGUACCCGGCUGUGCACCGGUGGAGGGGCGCCGUGCUGUGCUACCCGCCCGCAGACAGACAGAGCUGGCCGAGCCCCGCGCUGAAAGGGAAGGUGAAGUCGCAGCUGCUGGAUCUUGGCUGUGCUCCCAGCGGCAGCCCCGGCAGGAGCAGCCCCGUGGCAGGCAGCCCCGGGAAGCCUGGCCCCGCUCCCCACUCCCCCGGCCCAGGCAGCCCCGGGCGCUACAGCCCCGCAAACAGGGGCCACCUCCGCAGGAUGGCGCGCCUGGGCCCACUCCCCGUCUUGUAGGGCCUGAGUGCUGUGGGGCUCUUGGUUCCCCCUUCACUUUUAAAGACAGAAAGGUAAUGUGCUUAUUGCUAAAAUUUCACACACACACACAAAAACAUACAUGUAUUCUGAUUUAUCAAUUCUCGUUUAGAGGGGAACAGUUUUAGAGAAUGCCAACAUUCUGUAUAAAAAUCAGCUUUGUGAGAAGUUGAUGAAAGCACACACAGAUCAGAUUUCCUGAAACCUGUCUGCGUGGUGACGACACAGACUUCAGUUAGCCGUCCCUAGUUGCACACGAGACAGAGGAGGGCUCGGGCUGCCAGCUCGCCAGAUGGCCAGUGAGCGCCCCGUUGGCGGCGGCAGCAUUCCGCCAGCAGCUGCGCUCGCUGCAACUCUGUUCUUAAGAAAAAGGUGAUUUCUGCACUGUCUUCCUUUUCCAGGGAGGGUCUUUGACUUUCUAGUUCCUGAUAGAAAAUCCUCCUUGGCUUUGCCUGUCGAUCUCAUUGGUCAAAGCGGUGACGUGGACGUCCGGGACCCAGUGGACCUUGAAUGUCUUAGACUUGCAGCAACACUCGGAAUUUUAGUCACUGUAAACCUUUAACUGGGUGACCAGAAGAUAAAACUACCUUUUCACUCAGAAAAAAUUGAGCCAUUGGGAGUCGUGCAAACACAGAACUCAUGCACCAGUGGUCACUACAAGAUGUUUUUUCACCAGCACUUGACCUUUCACGGUGCACCUUGUUUAGCUGCCAAUGCAGUGGUGAUAAAAUCAAACUGUUCCCUAGUUUUGAAACGUAUCCCGUAUGCUAGAAUUCAUUUCAGAAAAGAGUGUCACAUUUUAGUACAGAAACUAAAGCUUUGCUUCAGGGGGUGUGUCUGAUCUGGGUUUCGUUACCCUAGCGUGGGUUUAUCUCAGCCUUCCCCGUGGCUCUGCCUCCCGCAGGGUCUGUGUGCAUAGAGCCUGGGAAUCCACGUAGCACCGCAUGCCAAGGACGCCAAGCUGAGGUCUGGUUUCUCCCUGGUGUUACCACUGCUCACACACAAGCAGUAUCCUGGGAACAUCUCCAGUGUUUGAUCCAAAGUGCAAACUACCAAUGCUUCUGCCGACUUCAGUGCCUUUUGUAAAUCACUUUCGAUUCUCCUGGACUUUUUGAGAAUAUACAGGGAUAGGAAGUAGGCAUAGAAGAGCUUUUUUAUUUGUAAAAAUUCUGAUGUGAAACUUGUUUUUUUAAAGUGUUAUUUCUUCACACAAUAACGAGAUAAUAGGUCAGGAAUAUUGGAACCAAGAUUUAGGUUUUAAAAUUCAAAAGGUUGUUACACAGGGUGGUACGACUUGGUGCAGAGACGCUCUAGCUGUAAGACAGAAAACUACGUUCUGUUCUAAAAACCAAACGGCAUGUUUAAAAGGCACCUGUUCUCAGAGAAGUCACACAACACAGGAAUAUUCAUAGGGAUGAUGUGUUCUCCGAAGUCCAGCUGUGCUGUCCUGUGUGUUGUAAAUGUCCAUGUGGAAAUUAAAAGUGGUUUGCCCUAAUUCUGCAGGCUGUUUUCUCAAAUUGAGGCCUUUGACUAUUUUUCCACGUUUACAUGAGGUGGUCCUGGUUGCAGUGAAUGCAUCAUCAUGUGUCCUAUGGCAGGUUUGUCUUUUUAAAACUACUUAAUGAAAUAAGUUAUUUUUAAACCCA